CAUCCAAUCCAACUUAAAUCUGUGCGCUACAGCAUCGCUCGGCAAGAGGGAUUAGCGGAUCGGAUCACACAAGAAGCUGUUAAACCAGCGACUCCAAACAGUCAAUAGUGGCGGGUUCCGAUUAUAAGACCCCUUCGCCAAUGUCCACUCCACAAAGCAAGGUAUCUACAAUCCCUUCUCCGUUCACGGCCGGCUUGCCAGGUCUUUGCUAACCACCAACACGCGCGCCUCGAGCUCCUCGGGCACAUAGCCAUGGAGAGCACACAGGGGUAGAGAGACAACACCAUCUAGCUAGCAGCAGUGGAGCGGUCGAUCACAGAGCUCAGAAAAAAAAAGAAGAAGAAGAGAGAGGCCGAUCGUGAUCCAUGGCGGUUCACGUGUUGCUCCUCGCCGUGCCGGCCGUGGCGGGCGGGUUCCUGCAGGCGUUCCAGUUCACGUUCCUGCUGUGGCCGUUCAACCUCGCGCUGCCGCUCGCGCGCCACCUGCCGCGGGCGUGCGCCGUGCUCCGGGAGCUCGCGUCCUUCUACGACGCCGAGCUGCGGCCCUACGCCAGCGGUGCGCGCCGCGCCGUGCGGCGGCCGCCGACGCCGCCGCGGACGCGGAGCCAGCGGCGCGCCUUGCUCCGCGACGAGCUGCAGAGGGCGGCACACGAGGAUAUCGUCGCGAACGCCAUGAUCGCGCUCGUCGACAUCUCCUACUGAUCGACGCGCUUGGGUGCCUGCUGCCAAAUCACGCUGCCGGGCCAUCCGUUGCAUUUGCAUCCUCGGAUUGAUUCCUUUUGCAGCGAUCCUCUUGGGUCGGUUGGCUUUGCCAUUUUUCUGUUGAUUGUGUAUAGUCUUCUCCUCUUUCCUGCAUCCGUCAGCGAGGUUUCUAGUUGCCUCCAUUGUGGAUUUGUUGCGAGAUUGUACACGGAUUAAACAAACAAAAACUAAUGCAGAGGUUAUUCAGCUCAUACGUUCUUUAA